CGCGACUUCAUCCAAGUUUUGAUCCUCACCACCAUGGCCGACCCCGCUGCCUCGGUGCCUACUCCACCAGACACUCCAGAGCCUCAGGUGCAGGCUAUCGGCGAGGCAGGUGCCGCCGGUCCGUCCAAGAACGAGCUUAAGAAGCGCGCAAAGGAGGCAGAGAAACAGAAAAAGGCUGCUGAGAAGGCUGCUCGCCAAGCGGAGCUCGCGGCAAAGCAAGCCGCCUCGGAGGUGGACUUCGCGGCAGACUUCUAUGGCAAGCUCCCGCUCAAUCGGUCGCAAUCGCGACCCAAACAACAGCGCGUCUCGAUCGCCUCGCUGAACCCAAACAUGGACGGUCAAACCGUCCUUCUGCGUGCGCGCGUGCAUACAUCCCGCGCGCAGGGCAACAAAAUGGUGUUCUUUAACCUGCGCCAGCGCAUGGACACCGUCCAAGCCCUGCUCACCGUUCAGCCGGAAAAGGUUUCGAAGCAGAUGGCCAAGUGGGCUGCCGGCCUCAGCAUGGAGAGCAUCGUGCUCGUCCAGGGCGUGGUCAAGAAGAGCCCUGAGAUCAUUAAGAGCGCAACUGUCGGCGAUGUGGAGAUCCACAUCAGCCAGAUCCAUCUCGUCUCUGGCCUUGAAACGGUCCUGCCUUUUACCAUCGAUGAUGCGUCGCGUCCGGAAUCCGAUUUCGAGGGCCCGAACGUUCAGUUCAACAGGGUACUCCUCGAGACCCGAUUGAACAACCGCAUCGUCGAUCUGCGCACACAAACGAACCAAUGCAUCUUCCGGAUGCAAGGAGCGAUUGGGGAUCUUUUCCGCAACUACUUGAACGAACAGGGAUUCACCGAGAUACACAGCCCGAAACUCCAAGGCGCCGCCACCGAGUCCGGCGCCUCCGUCUUCAAAGUCAGCUAUUUCAAAGGCAGCGCGUUCCUCGCACAAUCUCCGCAGCUGGCCAAACAGAUGGCCAUCGCCGCCGACUUCGAACGGGUGUACGAGAUCGGGCCCGUCUUCCGCGCCGAGGACUCGAACACCCACCGGCAUUUGACCGAGUUCAUCGGCCUCGAUCUCGAGAUGACCAUCGAGGAGCAUUACCACGAGGUCAUGGAACUCCUCGACGGCCUCUUCAUCUCCAUCUUCCGCGGCCUUAAGGAGAAGUACUCGAAGGAGAUCGAGCUCAUUGGAAAGCAGUUCCCAGCGGAGGAAUUCAAAUGGCGCGAAGGUCCCGAAGGAACUCUCAAGCUGACGUUCGCAGAGGCCGUUGAGCUCCUGGCGGAGGACGGCGUUCCGAGGGAAGAAUUGGAUGACAUAGACACCACGAACGAGAAGCGUCUGGGGAGGAUUGUAAAGGCGAAAUAUGACACCGAUUAUUUCAUCAUCGACAAGUUCCCUCUCGCGCUCCGUCCGUUCUAUACCAUGCCUGACCCCAAUGACCCGACACUCUCGAAUUCGUAUGACUUCUUCAUGCGUGGCGAGGAGAUCCUCUCCGGCGCACAGCGUAUUCACGACGCCGCAUUCCUCGCCGAGCAGAUGCGCGGAAAGGGUAUUGAGCCCGCUUCCAUGCAGGCCUACUUGGAUGCUUUCAAGCUUGGCUGCUCGCCCCACGGUGGUGGCGGCAUCGGUCUCGAGCGAGUGCUCAUGCUGUUCCUGAAGCUUAACAACAUCCGACGAGCAUCGCUGUUCCCGAGGGACCCCAAGAGACUCGACCCUUGAAGUAGACUCACUUCUCAACAGCCCAAAUGUAUUAGUUACCUGUCUGUGGAUGCACUCUGAGGUCAUGCGUCAUCUCUGUCAGCUGUCAUGUUGAAAGUUGAAUAUUCCAAGAUCCAGCUGAACUUUCCAUGGAGAACAUAACCCUUCAUUAGCUCCAUCGUCCUUCAACGCAUUUCCAUAUACUUAGGCAGCCUAGAGACAUGAUCGACACGAUACCAGAACUGGCCUUUCACGUACCCAUGUUAUCUCUACGCCGGUCUGAGGACGAUACCCCG